AUGGCUUCGGGAGCCAUUCUCUCCACGGAGCGUGCGGCACCGAAGAGACUAGCCAGAUUUGUCCGCUUCGACGUGCCACUCGUGCGGGCAAGCGAGUACCACGGGCAAGAGGUUGAUCUGCUAUUGCUGGCCUGGGCGUUGCUGCUCUAUCGCUAUAGUAAUGGCAAUCAGGUCCAGCUUACCUGGGGGCGCAACGGUACGGCCGCGGAUGUCACCUUCGACUUCAGCACGGCGAGCAUAGCGUGCGAUGCGGCCGAUGCCAUCUCGGUCGCACUCGAGGGUGUGCGAUCAUAUCGGCAGCAGAUCCAGGCGGGGAAGCUGAUUGCGCUGGAUAAUGCGGUCGUAUUCUUUAAUGAUGAAUGCGCCCCAAGCGACUUGCCCAGUAGCGCGCGAGUCAGCGACGGCGAUGCGCUCGGGGGUGGAAUGGCAUGGGGUAAUAUCCAGCUUCAAGCGACCAUGUCUCAUAGUCAUUUGUGGCUGCGGCCCUGCUGGCGCGAGCCCCUCGGCGCCGAAUACAUCGCGACACACUAUGCACACGCGCUGGUCGAAAUCCUCAAUACUGUUAUGUCCGAUAUGUCGAAUACCAUCUCGACAGUUCUGAAGCUAGGCGAGCUCGACCGAUCCGAAAUUUGGCGCUGGAACAAGGCUCUUCCUCCCGCCGCGGACACCGGUAUCCAGGAUUUAAUAUCGGAACAAGUGCAGAAACAACCAACAGCACAGGCGAUCUGCUCCUGGGAUGGAAAUCUGACGUAUGAAGAGGUUGGACGAUACUCAACUGACCUUGCACGCCACCUUGUGGGCCUCGGCCUGCAAGUAGGCCAAAUUGUGCCAAUCUGUUUCGAGAAGUCUCGGUGGACCAUUGUCGCCGUGAUGGGCGUGAUCAAGGCAGGCGGCGCCUUUGUUCUGAUGGAUCCCAGCCAGCCGCUUGAAAGACGCCAGACCAUUGCAGAGCAGGUCAGCGCCUUGCUCAUUGUAACGUCUAAGACACAUGGCCCCUUCGGUCCCAAGAUCGCUCCUGGCGCCAAAACCGUCGUCAUCGCACAAGAUACGCUAGACGAGCUCGCCAAACAAGCAGCUAAGACGACGCAGCGCGAGCUCCCGGUAGUGCCGACAGAUUCCAUUCUUUAUCUGAUCUUCACAUCUGGAAGCACUGGCAAGCCGAAAGGCGUGAUCAUCAACCAUACCACAUAUACCACAAGUGCGAUCGCACGAAGCGCAGCGGUCGGGUACACCACGGAGUCGCGAGUGCUCGAUUUCGCGUCUUAUGCAUUCGACGUGAGUGUAGAUAGUAUGCUCUGCACACUGCUUCGAGGCGGAUGUCUCUGUAUCCCCUCCGACGACGACCGACUCAAUGAUCUCAGCGGUGUGAUUCGUCGGAUGGGGGUCACCAUGUCCAACAUGACUCCUUCAGUUGCCCGCAUCUUGAUUGCGGAUAUUAUCCCCUCCCUGCACAGUCUGGGCCUCGGUGGAGAGUCGUGUUCUGUUGGCGACGUGUCUGAAUGGGGCCAGCAUACCCGGAUUGUGAUUGGAUAUGGCCCGUCCGAGUGCACUGUUGGCUGCACGAUCAAUUCCAGCGCGGCUGGUAAACCCUACGUGAGUAUUGGCCCGGGUAACGGAUGCGUUAUUUGGCUGGUUGACCCCGAGGAUCACAACCGACUGAUGCCUAUUGGUGCGGUUGGCGAACUUCUUGUGGAAGGCCCUAUUGUGGGCCAGGGCUACUUGGGUGAUCCCGAAAAGACAGCAGCAGCAUUUAUUGAAGACCCCGAAUGGCUGGUGGCGGGUGGCGGAGGCGUACCAGGUCGCAAGGGCCGGCUGUAUAAGACGGGCGAUCUGGUGCGCUACGAUCCCGACGGCGAGCGCGGGUUUGUGUUCGUUGGUCGCAAAGACACACAAGUCAAACUUCGCGGGCAGCGAGUUGAGCUGGGCGAGAUCGAACACCAUCUCCGACGCCUGCUUCCAGGGGGCACUGACGUAGCAGUCGAAGUCAUCGCACCUCAGGGUCGGAGCACGGAGUCGAUGCUACUGGCUUUCAUUGCGGAUCCCACUGCCAAAAGGUCCGAAGGCAACAAGGAGGAUGAGCUGCAUGAGAUCCAGUUUUCGGCAGGCAUUCGCGAGAAAAUGUCAGACCUCAAUGAGGAUCUGUCCAAGGCGCUACCGAUCUACAUGGUCCCAUCGGUGUAUGUUGGUAUCAACCGGAUGCCGAUGCUUGUCUCAGGAAAGACAGACCGAAAGUCUCUGCGUACAUUCGGAUCGCAAUUGACUCUGAAAUCCGGCAGCUCUGAAUCCUCCCCCGCCGAGAGCCAGAAGCCUAGCUUGGAGACUGAAGUUUGCCUUCACGAGAUCUGGUGUCGUCUGCUUGGGCUGAGCGCAGACCAAGUGAGCACGACCCACAACUUCUUCAUCCUUGGCGGCGACUCUGUUCUGGCGAUGAAGAUGGUACCGGCAGUACGCGAGCAAGGCUUCUUGUUAACUGUCGCAGAUAUCUUCAGUUUCCCCGUGCUAUCGGAGAUGGCCAAGUCGAUGCAGAAAGCGGAUGCAGACUCGCAGGUCGAGGUUCUUCCGUUUUCGAUGAUUGGCUCGGCCUGGAAUCAGGAUGCUGCUCGCAUAGAGGCAGCUACUCGAUGUGGCGUGGAGCAGGCUGCGAUCGAAGAUAUCUACCCCUGCACUCCACUCCAGGAAAUUCUAAUGGCGUUUUCUGCUCGAUCUGCGGAAAGCUACGUUGCUCAGCGCGUUGCCGAAAUUCCCAACCAGGAGACAGCUGAAAGACUGAGAGAGGCAUGGAGUAUCGUCAUCAAAGACAGUGCAAUUCUACGCACUCGAGUCGUUGAGUUCAGGGAACACGGCUUCAUGCAGGUUGUUACCAGCGCAUCCCUGACGUGGCAAACCAUAAAUCGCAGCUUGAACCAAUUCUUGGAAGAAGACCAGAAGACCCCCAUGUCUGUCAAUAUGCCAUUGAGUCGAUAUUCUAUCGUCUACGAUGAUUCGUUCAAACACUUUAUCCAAUACCUCGUCGACCCCGCGCGCGAGUCCUCGAAGGACUACUGGCGUGUGCAGCUACAAGGCGCCGCUGGUCCUCAGUUCCCUGCCCUGCCAUCACGAAUGUAUAUCCCCGAGCCAAACGCCCUCGCACAGCGCCUCAUUUCCGUUCAGCAGUCGACUCGCUCCAGCAUCACGACUGCAACCCUUAUCCGUGCAGCAUGGGCGCUAGUCGCUUCCCAGUAUACGAUGAGUGACGAUGUCGUAUUCGGUGAGACCUUUGCCGGGCGCACACUCCGCAUCCCAGGCGUUGAGCAAAUCGAAGGCCCCAUGAUCGCAACGGUACCCGUGCGCGUGCGGAUCGAUCGAUCGGCUCCCGUGCAGGAGUUCUUGCAAGCCAUCCAAGAGCAGGGUCUCGUGCGAGCUGCACACGAGCAUCUCGGAAUGCAGAAUAUCCGCCGGGUGAGUGGCGAUGCACAGCUGGCCUGUGAGGUCAAGAUGGGUCUUGUCAUUCAGCCCCGUCCGGCUGAGGUGCCUGAUCAAUCGGAAGAUGAAUUGCCGCGUUUCCGAGUGGAAGAUGCUGCGCACGAGGCUCUUCGUUUCAACUCAUACCCGCUGAUGCUCGCGUGCUCCCUGCGUCAGGAUGGCUUCGAAGUUACUGCGAGCUUUGACUCAAAGCUCAUCACCGAGCCGCAGAUGCACCGUGUACUGGCGCAGCUCGAAUAUGUUGUGUCCCAGCUUUGCGGCAAUGAAACUGCUCAGCUGAGCAGUAUUACGUGCCUGGGAGAGCAAGAACGCGAGGAGAUCUGGCGGACCAACAAAGGCGCAGCUCAAGAUGCGACACCAGAUGACUUUAGUCUUGCUCUUGAAGAGGCAAAAGGGCUGACUAUCGGAGAUAGAUACCCGACAAGAUUCAUUCCAUGGAUCGUCCAUCCCGCCAAUCCCAGCCAGCUCAUGCCAAUUGGAACUGUCGGCGAGCUACUGUUGGAAGGCGUCGGCGAUGCGGCAAAUUUGGAUGCUCCCAAGUGGCUUGUCCAAGGGAUAGGCAACGGUCAAUGCCAAAACCAGAAGCUCUACCAAACAGGUGAUCUUGUGAAGUACGCCGAUGAUAAGUCGCUGGUCUUCAUGGGCCGCAAGGAGAGCCUCCGAAGAGUCAAUGGUCACCUCAUGGAUCUCACUGCCAUCGACCUCCAGCUUCGCAACUGGCUCCCCACGAACACCAACGCCGCCAGCCAGCUUAUUGUGCCGAAGGGCAAGGAUACCCAAUCGCCAACCCUGGUCGCAUUCGUGAGCGAGGCUACCUCAAAGAAUGGAUCAAUGGUGGAUCUUGGUCUCGAUGCAGAAAACGCUGGGCUGCUAUCAAAUGUCAUUUCUGCCGAGCUCGCUGAGUCUAUUGUUGGCCUCAACAAGAAGCUCGCCGAUGUUCUACCACCAUACAUGAUUCCGUCCGCUUACAUACCGUUCCAAAAAAUCCCCUUUCUCCGCGAUCAGGUCGAUGUUGAAGCCCUGAAGGCGAUGGCGUUAACUGUUACUCAAGAGGUCCUGCUCCACCUGCGCACGGCGUUCAUGAAUUUGCAUACUGGGAGGGGCAUGAAGCAGAUGACAACAAGGGAGCGGGCGCUUCGCUCUAUAUGGGCCAAAUUUCUCAGCAUGGAGGAAGAUAAAUUGACUUUGGAUGAUAACUUCUUCCGCCUGGGUGGUGAUUCUAUCAUGGCGAUGAAGCUUGUGUCGGCGCUGCGCUUGGAGGGCUAUCACUUGUCCGUGACGGAUAUUUUCCGCAAUAUGCAACUACGUGAUAUGGCUAGUGCCCUCAAGGAUGCUUCCGUGAAUGGUCAUCGUCCUGUCAAGAAAUAUCAUCCUUUCUCGCUGCUGAAUGCUAGAGAUGUUGAGAUGUUCUUGACUGAUAAAGUUAGGCCUGCGCUACUUGAUGCAAGCUCAGCUAUUGAGGAUGUUCUUCCUGCCACAGAUCCGCAGGAACGCGACGUGGAGGCGUCUGUUUAUGCCCCCCGGAGUGCCAUCCAAUACAAUAUGCUGUAUUUCAAGGACGUUGAUACGACAAUGCUGGUAGAUAACUUUAACAAAGUUGUUUCAGCCCAUCCGAUUUUGCGAACUGUUUUCGUCAAGGAUGACAAUCGCAUCCUGCAAGUGGUAUUGAAGAGCUUAAAGGUGUCGGUAUCAGAGCACAACACAGAGAAACCUGUCAAAGAAGCCUGCAGGGAGAUAGCGGAAGCAGAUAUCGAAGUCGACGACUUGUUCAAAUUUGGAGCGUCUUUCAUGCAUCUCUUUGUUAUCAAUGGCACUGACGAGACCGGCAUUAUGAUCCGGAUCUCACACGCACAGUAUGAUGGCAUUUCAUUCCCUGAAGUCCUUCGCCAACUCGAGCUGCAUUACUCCAAACGGGAGGUCUUCCCCUCGGUGCCGUUCUCAAACUUCAUCCAGUACCAAGCCGAAUCAAGGAUCGAGAACAUUCAAUACUGGCGCAACAUCCUGCAGGGGUCAUGGCUGACGUCCCUCCAACCACCGCAACCAGAGAGCAAGCCCAAGUUCAUCAAAAAGGUCGUUGACGUUUCCGCUCGGUCCCCAGACAUCACAAUGGCCACGCUCCUCACCGCAAGCUGGGCCCGCGUGCUGGCCCAACACCUCGGCGCAGACGACAUCACUUUUGGUGGCGUAGUCUCCGGCCGCACAGUCGACCUCCCCGGCGUGGACAAUAUCAUGGGUCCCUGCUACCAAUACAUGCCACUCCGAGUCAAAUUCCAGCCAGACUGGACCGCGAAGGAGCUGCUCGGCAGUGUCCGUGACCAGUUCCUCGAGGGCAGCCGGCACGCAACGCUUGGCUUCCAGGAGAUCUCAGACAAUUGCACGAGCUGGUCGCCGACGAUUCCGUUCUUCUCUUCAAUCGUGCACCACCACGAUAUUGAGUACUUUGACAAGAUCCCAUUCGCUGGUACUGAGGCCUGUGUGGACUAUACGAAUCCGCACCUGGAGCCGCCCAACCCGACGCGCGUGGUGUCAUACACCGAGGGCGGGAAUACAUAUGUGGGUAUUGCGGGUGAUGAAAUGAGGUUGGAGUUCUGGCAGGCCAGGUUGGAUGAGUUGGCGUGUGCGAUGGAGGGGCUUGUGAGCGACCCUGCUGCUGCGAAUUGA